CGAAUGGUCGAUAAAAUGCUUUGGUGACUUGUGCGCAAUCAGAAUCAUAGGUGGUGAGUAGGAUUUCGAGAGCUUGGCAAGGAGAGACAUGCCUGCCCGACUCGUCACUUGCGCGUCUUGUCUUGAAACCACCAUCAAAGGCACCGUACUCCUUGUCCCGCAUUCGUGAUUCAUGGUUUGCAUGCAUCUCACGACACAGCAGGAGAGCUUCGCAUCGGCCGUUGCACGCGCCCACACCUGAACGUCGUGCAGGCCUUUAACAGGAGCAAAACGUACUGAGUAGAACGAGACACCUGUGCGCCGAAGCUAUCUCUACUGGCAACAUUCAUUUUUUCGGCGCUACCUCGACUCAACCCAUUCGACCAGAAAGCCCCCACACUCGUACAGACCUGAAGCACAGCAGCUCCGCUUGCCGUUUUGGCUCACCGUGACCCCCAAAACGGCACGACAGUCUUGGAUGGAUUGCCGCGAAGCAUCAAAGGGCGAGUCACGGUGUGGAGGAUCCAAGCACCCUCACGCUCCACUUCUUCCCACUCAAUUUGGCGAUCUUCACCUUCAUCGACGUGUGACAACAGAACUUUGCUGCUCGCGCCGAGCAUGCAAACGUGGGACGGUACCACCGCGCAGUGGCCAUCCGAAUGGCAAAUAUCGCCGAGCGACGAGCAGUCAGGGCCAAGUAAUGACCCGCUCGUCGCUCAUCCCCUCAUCGAGCCACACGUCAGCAUUCAACCGCCCUCGCAAAUUUGCGGACCCUUCCCAAGCCAGACCGAUCACUUUCCCCUUCCUGCACUAAACAAUUUUGGGCAACCGCUUCUUCUAGAUUGCGACCCUCGUCUUUUCGGAGAUGCUCAAACGUCCCGCCCACACGAUGAUCACAACGUGACGAACCAGCUAAUAUCGCCAGAGUUGCUUGAAAAUAACCUCAAAUUUGGACCGCAACCCUCACAAGGUUUCAAGAGAAAGGUGAGCUUUGAACGAGAGUAUCACUGUCGCGAUGACAUGAUCGCCAAUCUAAUCACGGCGCUCGAAUGAUGGAUGCCCAGCGUCCGCAAAGUUGGUGAGUGCAAAGUCAGCGAAGUACGUUGAGAGCGUGACUUGACCCAGAUGCCCUUUCAGCGACAAUUGCCGUUCACGCAAGGUACGCUGCACGCGCACGCCGCCGGACAGCUCCACUACGGACCAUCGUUGCCUGCCAUGCCAAUCUGUGGAUGGGUGAGUGGCGCCCUCGCGCUUUUGAGACGCAAAUGAGUUUACCUCUGGCGACCUCUCUGUUGCAAGUUCUUGCACCUAUGACUACAUUCCAAAAAGACCCGGUCCACAAAGCUCGUGAG